AUGAUUGCUUCUCAGGGUCCUCCAUGUGAAUCUGGCAAAGAUGGUGAGAUUGGACAGCAAGGUGAACCAGGUCCAGCAGGACCUACUGGCCAGCCUGGACCCGCUGGACAAGUAGCCCACAGAGGUGAUCGCGGUCCUCCUGGCCUUCCUGGUCCUGCGGGAGGAGUCGGUCCAUCAGGCAGACCUGGCCCACCUGGCCAGUUGGGCCCUGCUGGACCACAAGGACCACCUGGACCAGCUGGAGAACCUGGACAGCCUGGAGAUGAUGGACCAGCUGGACAGAGAGUGAGUCCAAAAAUUAUCCUUAAAUUUUAA